AUGGCCGCUAGUUCGCGUGCGCCGCCCCGUUUCCCUCCUCCACCAGUCGCCUCUACCUUUUCGCCUGACGACCUCUUUCAGGAUCCACCUCCGAGGCAGCGACUCUCGGCCAAGCAGCUCAGCCGCUGCUCCAAAGCUCUCGAUGCCUUCAAGAAGAAGAUCCGUUCUCCGCGUGAGUUGAGUCGUGAGUUCGAGUCCCUGCAGGUACUCUCCCGACUCCCCUGUAAAAUAUCUCUUCUUUUUACGCGUUGAGAAUCACGUUUCUGCUCUGCAACUGAUGAUGGGGAUCGUGUUGAGAAUCACAAGCGCUUUACGCUUAGUUUUACUUCUGGAAGGAUUGUAGCAAGAUAUGGCCCACUCGCUCUCGAGGGAUGGAUAGUGCUUUUGUCUUAUUCUCUCCAUUGGAUUGCUGUUAGCCGAUUUUUGACACGCCUCUCUCACAUUCGUGAGAAGUGGCGAAAAUCUGGUUUCUUUGGGAAACAUUUAUUUGUGGCACGUCCCUACUAUCGUAAUUUCAAAUGGAAAUGCCGCGUCGUAUCCAUCCUUCCGUAAUUCUUACCCCAUCGUUACUAGGUGGGCUAAGAUUAAAAAUACCUGAUAAUUUCACGCUUUUCCUUGUCAUUAACAACAGCUGAGUUUUGCUGUUUCAUUUAUGAUUCGUAUUCUUCAAGUUUCAAAAUUAUACUUGUUUUCUAGGAAAUGAGGGUACGUGGAGAUGAUCUGUUCAGAAGGUGCAAUGCUGCACUCCAAGAUGUCAAUUUAGACAAGAACCGCUACACCGAUGUCUUGCCUUGUAAGGUCCCUUUGAUCCAUUUCAUAACUUGUCCAGAAUAUAAUGUACAUAAUCUUUCUACUGAUGAAGCUCCCUUGUUAAUGUCGAACUAUUCACAUUACUAAAACUAAAAGAUAAUGGGUGGCUUUUGUUUCUUGUUUUCUGUUGACAGUUGACAGUUGUAGAGUCGUUCUCAAGUCAACCAAUGUUGAAAAUGAUUUAGGAAGCGAUUACAUCAAUGCAAGUUUUAUCAAGGUAUAUGUUAAAGAUAUAUUUUCCUUCACCGUGCUGACAUCAGAAUCAUUUAUCUUAUGAAACUUAUUUAAAGCAUUUAUUUUUCUUCUUGAUGAGAGAAACUCUCUUCCAUGCAGUCACCCAUUGAAAAUGUUUCAUGCUUUAUUGCUACCCAAGGUCCACUCCCAAAUACUUUUGAGAAUUUUUGGGAAAUGGUGCUACAGUACCGGUGCCCUGUGAUUGUGAUGCUAACUAUGGUUGACAAUCCGAAGGUAAUUUUACCAUUUUCUGCGAGUAAUUUCCCUCUUGGUGAUGCAUAUUCCGUUGGUCUUUAAACGGUUUUAGAUGAUUAAGGUACAAUGAUUUAUUUUGAAUUUCCCAUCAUAAAUCUCCUUUAUGGUAUGGAGAUAAGCCUCUUGAAGGAUUAUUCAAUGGCUGAACAAUUUAUUCUCCUUCAUGGUACAAAGAGCUUCUGGACCUCAGCAUCGCUUAACCAGUAAUCUUGUGCUUACGACAGUGAUCACUCACUGGUUGCUCCAUGCAUUUGUCAGCUGCUUUCCUGCGAGUUCUUUAUGGAAGGAGUACAAUCGUAUAAGUGAUCAUUCUCCUUUUCUUUUCGCGUGUUAUGGAUUUUAUGUUUUCCCACGUUUCGUAUCAGGUUCCAUGUAAUUAUCUUUAACCAACUGUUCGUAUUGAUACAUGAUACUGAGGUUUAAGUUCACAUGUGAGUUUUUCAUUUUAGAAAGGUGAUACCAUGAUUUCUUUCUUAUAAGCCUCCAAAAAAUGAAUAAUUGAUGAGUAGACUGCAUUCCAUUCUUCUUCAAGUACAGUACUUCAUAGAAUUCUUUGCUGAUUCAAAAUAUCUCCCAUAUUAUAUAUACGGCAGAUGAUGAAAAAAUGUGCUGAUUAUUUUCAAGCUGAGAGUGGCGUCAGAGAAUUCGGAAAGAUAUGUGUUUCCACAAAAUGUACAAGGAUAAGUCACUCUUCAUUAGUAAUGCGCUCCAUGGAGGUGAAGUAUAAAGAUGUGAGUCGGAUGCUUAUUAGAUGCUUAUUUAUGCCUAGUUACUGGUGAAUUCUGCAUAAGAAUAAUGUCAUUUCAUUUUCUCUUCUUAUCGCUCACAGAUGAGCUUCAUGCUAAUGCACCGUUAUGUGCAACACGUGCAUGCUUGGUGUUUUUCUUGGAAAUAACAACUACGCGUGGAAAGAUUUCGAAAAUUAGAUUGGAUGUUAAACCUGCAGCUUUUGUGUCUCAACCUUGACCUGGGUCAUGUCAAGUUAUUUAUUACAAUUAUUGUUAUGUUUUCCUUACUGUCACACCUGCUCAAAAUUUUAAAACGCCGAUGCUUGAUACUCCUGGCAAGGAAUACAUUAUGAGCUGUUCAUUUUCAUGUUUUCACUAAAUGUAUUCAUUCUUUCUAUUAGAAUGUCUUUUUUGCUUCCCAACAGACGGCUGUGCUCUAAAACCUGAAACUUAGAGUCUGUUCUAAAUUAUAUCAAGUGAGAACAUUGCGUCUCAAAAUGGAGUAGAAUUAAUUCUACUUUGGACCACUGAAAUUGGUCCUGUUGAUUGAUGCGGGAAAAAAAAAAGACUUUCGUGGUCAUAUUGAGGCUUGUCGGUGAUGAUAAUACCGUUCUGUAUUGGUGAUAAACUGACAGAAAUUGGUUCUCGUUCAGUCUUGGGUCAAAUUCAUUGCAGAUCUCCUAGAGAACAUAUCCAAGCCAGGAACAUGCUUUUUCAAUGGGAUAAACUACUAUUCAUUCAAUAAAGAGAGGGCCUUUACAGAGCUGUUCAGGAGAAACGUAAAUAUGGGUUCAUCAAUACUUGUCGCUUGUUUGCAUGUUCCUUGUUAGAAAAGAUGGGAUGAAGUCGUUUAUUGAUUCUUCAUAUCGUAACAGAGGAUACUUCAUAUAAUAUAUAUAUAUUUAUUUAUCUCAGUAGUAUAUGCUAUGUUUCAUUUCAUCUAAAUUAUUUCUUCCUCAGCUUCUUUAUGGUAUAUUCAGAAUCGAUUGCAUUCGAUCUUGGGCAACUAAUGCAUCCUUCUGAUCGCUACAAAUACAACAGGCAUAAACCAACAAGGCAUAUACCGCAUUGACUCAGCAGUACUUUGAUCUUAUUGGUUGAUCGUCAUAUUCUAAGUGUGUAGAGGCUACACAUACUCCUCUUUGACCAUUUGGCAUCUUUGGUUCUGUUUCUUAUUGUCACAUAUCUACAUGAGCUCGUGUGUAGUAUCCAUGCAAGGAUGUGUCUAACCUUCUUCUGCCUCAGUCAGAAGAGCCCCCCCUGCCUGUUCUUCACAUCCAGUACCCUGAAUGGCCUGACCAUGGCGUCCCCGAUGACACUGUCUCUGUCAGAGACAUUCUCAAGAGGCUGUACCACGUCCCCCCCGAUCUCGGCCCUAUCGUCGUCCACUGCAGGUUCGACAUCAACGCCCACCCACCAGGCGCUUGCAGUUCUGCCCGAGCUUUGGAUGGACUCAAGUGACUUUCAAUUGCACCUCUUCCUCCCUCUCUUCCCCAGCGCUGGAAUUGGGAGAACCGGAACCUACUGUGCCAUCCACAACACGCUGCAGAGAAUCCUCACGGGCGACAUGUCCUCUCUGGAUCUCGUCGGCACCAUCGCUCACUUCAGAUCCCAGCGACUGGGGAUGGUUCAGACGAUGGUACCCUCCCUCCUCCUCCCUUUCCUCUUCCAGUGGGCACAUCUUUAUCUCCUUCAGAAGCUUACCCUCGAAUUUUCUUGAUAAUCAUCAUCAGGAACAGUUCUUUCUGUGCUACGCUGCCAUCAUUGACGAACUGGAGGACCUCGUCUCCCACUCCAGGUACUAG